AUGUUCAAGUUUCACGAAGACCGCCUGCCGACGUGUGGAGUAUGUGGUCUCAAAGCCAUCUCGCAGGGUGAGAUAGAUAGACACCAACGAAAGGUGCAUUUGAAAGAGAAGAAUGUGGCAUGUCCAAUAUGCAACUAUCAAUGCUACGACAAUGCGCAGUUGAAGAAACAUAUGAUAAGGCAUAAAGUGGACAAGGUGUACUCGUGCAGGUUUUGUAAGAAGACGUUCCCGCGGCCGACGACGUGUCGGAUACACGAGAUGAUACACACAGGGGAGAAGAAUAAAGUGUGCGAGUUGUGUAAUGCGUCGUUUGUUCAGAAAGCGAGCCUGAACUACCAUAUGAUGAAACAUCACCCCGAUCAUGUGUAG